AUGGCCUCCGCUACGUCUCAGACCACAACGAGUGAGGGUGGUGAUAAGCCCUUCGAAUGGGUGAAACAGGAGAUCGAAUCAUCAGAUCCUGAGCAAGACUAUGAAAAGAUUUGGAGGCUGUCCAUUGAGUAUAAUGGUGGCGGUGAAUUCUUCCAGAAUUUUAUUUAUGCUACGACAUUCUCCAACUUUAUUGCCUCCAACUGGGGAUCCGAUGCCGUCUGGCGCAAUUAUGACGGUAAAGUCCUCCAUAAGGCCACAGACCGGGAAACAAAGAAGUCUGUCGACAUCAUCAAUAAACGACAUGAAUACUAUUCCAGAGCACAUCCUGGAGUCUUUUCCCACCACGUCGACUAUACCUAUGUCCUGUGCUUUACGGCCAUCUCGGUCCACCGACUCCAGUCAAGACUACGGCUUUCCGGCUUUACAGAGAAGCAGAAGAAAGCAGCCUAUAUUUUCUGGAAAGAAAUGUCUCGCCUAUUGCUUGUGGAGUCUCCUGGGAAACCUCUCCAGAUUUGGAAGCCACUCGCGGGGCUUUCAGACUUCCCGGCAGAUUGGGACGGCAUGGUCGAGUUUUGCGAGGACUUUGAGAACCACCACAUGGCCAGCACCUACAAAGGCCAUAUGAUUGCAGAGGCAUUAUUCGACGAGUUUGCAUUCCGCUACUUCCCUCCAAUGCUACGGCCGCCGGGUCGUGCUCUGCCCAUCACUCUUAGCCUCCCUCAAACCUUGAAGGCGCACAGAAUCCAGCCGACACAUCCAGCUCUCGCCCGUAUCAUUAUCUUCCUGGUCGGAACAUUCAUGUGGAUUAUGGAGACCUUCGCUCCUGGUCUGAAGACUAAUUAUCAAGAGUAUCUGCAGUCGAAUCUUUCGGACCUAAAGAGUCAGAAUAGGGGGCUAGAUACUGAUUUCCCCUCCUUCUUUGCUCAGAACCAUCAAGGCAGUGCUGCCCUUUGUCCAUUUUGUUGA